AUGACAUACAAAACCCCCGUCUUCCCAGGGUUCACGUUGCUGUCCGAUCAAGUAUUCACCCGACCCGGUGAAGCAAUUGAGUCCGACGAGCAAAAGAAGCGCAGUGAUGUCAAUCCAACCAUUGUUCUGCUGUACGGCUGGGGAGAUGGUACCCCCAAACACGUUGCGAAAUACGCCGACGGGUUCCGCGAACUCUUCCCGCACGCAACACAAAUCGUCAUCCUCUCGCCAAUCUAUCGGGCCAUGUUCUCCGAUCUCCAAACGCGAUCAGAACACAUGGUUCCAGUCUUGAAAGCUCUUUCUGAACAGUCGGCGACCCUCGAAAACGAGCGAAUUCUGGUCCACGCCAUGUCCAACACGGGAGGAAUCAACUACGCCGCCACGCUGAACUCGUACCAGGAGGUUUUCGGCAAGCCCCUGCCUCACCGGCUCCUCAGCCUGGAUUCGACGCCGGGCAACACAUAUUGGUCAUGGUCAAACGUCUCGCGCUGGUCGCGGGCAAUGACUCUCGGAACGGCGGCCUGGUUCCCGUGGCCGUUUGCCAUGACGCAGUCCAUCUGGGCGGCGUUUCUGUCCGUGAGCUCGCUAUAUAAAUGGAUGAUUGGACAAGAAAACCCGGGUACGUGGAGCGUCAGGGCUCUCAACAAUGAAAAGUAUGAGGUGGCGGGUGCGAGUAGGCUGUACCUGUACAGCAAGGAGGACGAUCUCAUUGGGUGGGAGGACAUUGAGUCGAAUGUUGCCGAGGCGAGGGCCUUGGGGAGAAAGGCUGAUACGGAGAUGUUUGAUGGGAGUGGACACGUUGAGCAUAUGAGGAAGUUUCCCAAGCAGUAUUGGGCUGCUAUUCAGAGGGCUUGGCAAAAGACUAUAUAG